AUGACCUCAUACCUGGUGACCGGAGUGGCCCGCGGCCUCGGUCUAGAAAUCGUGAAGGCACUGGCCCAAAAGCCGGCCAGCGAAGACUCGACAGUUUUUGCCACCCUGCGCUCCUCGCCUCCGCCCGCGUUGCAAGAGAUCGUCUCCCAAUCGGAAUGUCGAGUGGUUCUGGUGAACCUCGAGAUGUCGGACCCCGACAGUCUCGCGGCAGCAGUCCGUCAGGUGAAAGAAAGGUUGGAUGGCCAUGGCCUUGAUAUCUUAAUUAAUAACGCCGCGGUAAAUGAACUAUCACCCGGCGGAUUGGAAACCAUGAAUAACCUACGGGAAACACUGGAAGUCAACGUUGAGGCCGUCCAUAAUGUCACCCUCGCAUUUUUGCCGCUCCUCCGGGAGGGAAACCGGAAAACUGUCUUGAACAUGAGUUCCAUCACGGGGUCUCUAGCACACGCAGAGCGAUUCACGAUUGCGCCUCACCAUGCUUAUAAAAUAUCGAAGGCGGCGCUAAACUGCAUGACCAAGCUAUAUGCACUGGACCUGAACGAUCAAGGGUUCACGUUCUUUGCGGUUUCACCUGGUUGGCUUCGGACAGACCAAGGUGGUCCCUAUGCCGACCUGGAUGCUGAAACCGGCGCAAAAGCAGUGUUGGAUCUCCUCUCGAGAGAUAGAGAAGCUCUCAAUGGGAAGUUCCUUAAUAUUCAUGUCCCGGGCUGGGAGGAGACCAAAGGACUGCAUAAGUACGAUGGGCUUGAGAUUGAAUGGUAA